ACUCAAUUCACGUAAUGUGAGUUUUGCCGACCAUUCCUGGUGCCCAAUGCACUCGUUCGAACGAUUUUGAUGUUUCGAGUUCCACCAUCAUUAAUACGGGGACCACUAUUGUUGGUUGUCGAAGUUCAAUGUUGAUUGGGCGAGGGGCGACCACCUUGCGCAAGGGCUAUAAAAGCAUCAUCGGAAACGCCGCCCAAGACGUACGAGUACGAACAGCUACAUCUACUUGGUCUGGUGCUGCUGCUGCUGCUGCAACCGCCGCAGAGCCGCCCUUUGCCAAAAGACCACCCCGACCUUUGCAUCGAUCAUCCGUCAUGGCGGCAUCAGAGGAUGGUUCGCAAUCACGGACGCACGACGCUGGCUCGAGGCAAAACGAUGCCUUCGCCAAGGGAAAAAGUAGGCCCUGGACGACGAAGCCGAGAUCCAACAACAACAACAAGAGGCCGACACACUUUGUCUGUCUGCCUCUAGCCACGGAGACUUCGAUCCCACAGUUGUCCGAAUCUCUGGCUUAUUUCCGAUCGGUGACCACCACCACCACCACCACCACCACAACACCGACUAUCGACGGAGGUGGUGCGAGAAGAAAAGCCACGACUACAGAGCCCGAGUCCAACUCCGGAACCCAGUCACGGGCUCAACAACAUGGUACCGACAUCGAGACUGAGAUUAGUGGAAGUGGAAACGGGAGACGAGACGAUACACUCCGUCUUAUUCCUCCCGCCGCACAUCGUCCUCCCGGAACUUUUCAUCUCACUUUGGGAGCGAUGGAUUUGAGUAACCCAAAGGACCUGGAGAGGGCUCUGAAGUUGCUAGAGGGCAUUGAUUAUCAGGCAUUGUUGGCAGAAGCGGGGAAGUCGGUCGGUGGGGACAAUCGCGGUGUGAGGACGACGACGAGUCCGAGAAGUCUGAAUGCCGAGGGCUCUGCGGAACAUUCACCUGAGCCAGGAACCGACGACGAGGGGAGGAAUGAUGAUCAUCAUGUGGACGAGGAACGGAGAGAUGGAGGAAGUCCUAUCAAAAUGACAAGAACCAUUCUUGUAAAACCUUUGGAGUCCCUGUCUAGAGCGAUAUCACCACCGCCUACGUCAAAGAAGUUGGACAAGGAUGACAUCGCUGCUCAGACGUCUUCAGAUCCAAAAGCGACAAAGAGUCAACAACAACCGGGCCCGACGACUCUGACCGUCACCCUCCACGGCCUCGGCACUUUCCCACGCGCGAGUAGCAGCCGCGUCUUCUUCGCCCACGCCGACGAAGACACGGGGCGACUGUUGCCGUUUGGGGACCUCGUGCGUCGGAGGUUCCGGGACGCGGGACUCGUCACGGAGACGAGACCUUUGGUACUACAUGCCACGGUGGCGAAUUUGAUCUACGUCAAAGCGACAAGGUCAAAGGGGAGAGGCACAGGUGGUGGUGGUGGUGGUGGUGGUGGAGUGACGGUCGACGCCAGGGAUAUACUGAGAUAUUUUAAUGAUGGGAAAGCGGUCGAGGAUAGAGCUGCGGUGCGAGAGAGAAACCCAUCGGCCUCGACGAUAACAACACCAGAUUCAAGUUAUAUAUGGGCACGAGACAUUGUGGUUGACAGGAUACGGAUUUGUAAAAUGGGUGCCGAAAAGUCCGAAUUGGAAGGUUGGGGGAUGGAGUAUAAACCGGUAGGUGAGAAGAUAUUUGGAUCAUGA